AUGACCUCAGACUCUGAAAUGGCAAUAUUUGGAGAAGCAGCUCCCUUUCUCCGGAAACCGGAGAAGGAGAGAAUUGAGGCUCAGAAUCGUCCAUUUGAUGCUAAAUCAGCCUGCUUUGUGGUGGACGAGAAAGAAAUGUAUGUCAAAGGCCUGAUCCAGAGUAAAGAACCUGACAAAGUCACUGUUAAAACUCUAGAUGAUCGUACUGUGACAGUUAAGGAAGAUCAAGUCUUUUCCAUGAAUCCUCCGAAGUUUGAUAAAAUUGAAGAUAUGGUCAUGAUGACCCAUCUCCAUGAACCAGCUGUGUUGUAUAACCUCAAAGAGCGUUAUGCAUCUUGGAUGAUCUAUACCUACUCGGGGCUCUUCUGUGUCACCGUCAACCCUUACAAGUGGUUGCCGGUAUAUAAUCCCGAAGUAGUGUCUGGCUACAGGGGCAAAAAACGACAAGAAGCCCCUCCUCAUAUCUUCUCCAUCUCUGACAAUGCCUAUCAGUUCAUGUUAACUGACCGUGAGAACCAGUCAGUCCUGAUCACUGGAGAAUCCGGUGCAGGAAAGACUGUGAACACUAAGCGUGUCAUCCAGUACUUUGCAACAAUUGCAGUUACUGGGGACAAGAAGAAGGACUCACAACCCAGCAAAAUGCAAGGCACUCUGGAAGAUCAAAUCAUCCAGGCCAACCCCCUGUUGGAGGCCUUUGGCAACGCCAAGACUGUAAGGAAUGACAACUCCUCACGUUUUGGUAAAUUCAUCAGAAUACAUUUUGGCACUACGGGAAAGCUGGCUUCUGCAGACAUUGAAACCUAUCUUCUGGAGAAAUCCAGAGUAACAUUUCAGCUCUCAGCUGAAAGGAGCUACCAUAUAUUUUACCAGAUCAUGUCAAAUAAGAAACCAGAGUUGAUUGACCUGCUACUCAUUUCCACCAAUCCCUAUGAUUUCCCAUUUGUGAGUCAGGGAGAGCUCACUGUGGCCAGCAUAGAUGAUUCAGAGGAGCUGUUAGCUACUGAUAGCGCUAUUGACAUCUUGGGUUUCAGUGCAGACGAGAAGGUAGGAAUCUACAAACUGACGGGUGCGGUAAUACACUACGGGAACCUGAAAUUCAAGCAGAAGCAGCGGGAGGAGCAGGCAGAGCCAGAUGGCACUGAAGUGGCUGACAAAGUAGGCUACUUAACGGGCCUAAACUCUGCAGAUUUACUCAAAGGCUUGUGCUACCCACGAGUGAAAGUUGGAAAUGAAUAUGUGACUAAAGGACAAAAUGUUCAGCAGGUGUAUAAUUCUGUGGGUGCACUUGCAAAAUCUGUCUAUGAAAAGAUGUUCCUGUGGAUGGUAACUCGUAUUAACCAGCAGCUGGACACCAAACAGCAAAGGCAGCAUUUCAUAGGGGUGCUGGACAUUGCUGGUUUUGAGAUCUUUGACUACAACAGCUUGGAGCAGCUCUGCAUCAACUUCACGAAUGAGAAACUGCAACAGUUUUUCAACCACCACAUGUUUGUGCUGGAGCAGGAGGAGUACAAGAAAGAAGGGAUUGACUGGGAGUUCAUUGAUUUUGGAAUGGACUUGGCUGCCUGCAUUGAACUCAUUGAGAAGCCCAUGGGUAUUUUCUCCAUCCUAGAAGAGGAGUGCAUGUUCCCCAAGGCAACAGACACUUCUUUCAAGAACAAGCUCUAUGACCAGCAUCUUGGCAAGAGCAACAACUUCCAGAAGCCCAAACCAGUCAAAGGCAGGGCUGAGGCUCACUUCUCCCUGGUACACUACGCCGGCACUGUGGACUACAACAUCAGCGGCUGGCUGGACAAGAACAAGGACCCUCUCAAUGAAUCUGUUGUCCAGCUGUAUCAGAAAUCCUCACUGAAAUUGCUGUCCUUCCUUUAUUCCAACUAUGCAGGGACAGACGCAAGUGACAGUGGUAGCAAGAAAGGUGGCAAGAAGAAGGGUGGCUCCUUCCAGACAGUGUCUGCCGUGUUCAGGGAAAAUUUGAACAAGCUGAUGACCAAUCUCAGAAGCACUCAUCCUCACUUUGUGCGCUGUCUAAUUCCUAAUGAAGUAAAGACACCGGGUAUAAUGGACCAUCACUUGGUGAUGCACCAGCUGCGGUGUAAUGGAGUACUGGAAGGUAUUCGGAUCUGUAGAAAAGGCUUCCCCAGCAGAAUCAUCUAUGCUGACUUUAAGCAACGCUACAAAAUCCUUAAUGCCUCUGCCAUCCCAGAGGGACAGUUCAUUGAUAGCAAGAAGGCUUCUGAGAAGCUUCUCUCCUCCAUUGAUGUUGAUCACAAUCAGUACAGAUUCGGCCACACUAAGGUGUUCUUCAAGGCUGGUCUUCUGGGGUUGCUGGAAGAGAUGAGAGAUGAGAAACUCGUUGCCCUCAUCACCCAUACACAAGCCAUGUGCAGAGGAUUCCUCAUGAGGGCCGAAUUCCAGAAGAUGAAUGCCAGAAGAGAAUCUAUUUACAUAAUUCAAUACAACGUCCGUUCAUUCAUGAAUGUCAAGCACUGGCCCUGGAUGAAGCUAUAUUUCAAGAUCAAGCCCUUGCUUAAGAGCGCGGAAUCAGAGAAGGAGAUGGCCAACAUGAAGGAAGAAUUUGAGAAAACUAAAGAAGAACUUGCAAAGUCAGAAGCCAAACGGAAAGAGCUUGAGGAAAAAAUGGUGACUCUGGUGCAAGAGAAGAAUGACCUUCAGCUUCAGGUUCAAUCUGAAAGUGAAAGUUUAGCAGAUGCCGAGGAAAGAUGUGAAGGACUCAUCAAAAGCAAGAUUCAGCUGGAAGCUAAAAUAAAAGAGUUGACUGAAAGGCUGGAGGAUGAGGAAGAGAUGAAUGCUGAGUUGACGGCAAAGAAGAGGAAACUUGAAGAUGAGUGCUCAGAACUGAAAAAAGACAUUGAUGACUUAGAGCUAACAUUGGCCAAAGUGGAAAAGGAGAAGCAUGCCACAGAAAACAAGGUUAAAAACCUUACGGAGGAGAUGGCAGCUUUAGAUGAAAACAUCUCCAAGCUCUCCAAAGACAAGAAAAGCCUCCAAGAGGCUCACCAGCAGACCUUGGACGACCUUCAGGCUGAGGAAGACAAAGUCAGCACUCUGUCCAAAACAAAAUCUAAACUUGAACAGCAAGUGGAUGAUCUUGAAGGGUCUCUGGAGCAAGAGAAGAAGCUUCGCAUGGAUCUCGAGCGAGCUAAGAGGAAGCUGGAGGGGGAUCUGAAGAUGUCUCAGGAAUCCAUCAUGGAUCUGGAGAAUGAUAAGCAGCAAAUGGAUGACAAACUGAAGAAGAAAGAGUUUGAAAUCAGUCAGGUGCAGGGAAAAAUAGAAGAUGAACAGGCUCAGAGCUCUCAGCUACAGAAAAAGAUUAAGGAGCUACAGGCCCGUAUUGAGGAACUGGAGGAAGAGAUUGAGGCUGAGCGUGCAUCUCGGGCCAAAGCAGAGAAGCAGCGGACUGAUCUCUCACGGGAACUUGAAGAGAUCAGUGAGCGUCUGGAGGAAGCUGGUGGGGCAACAGCAGCUCAGAUUGAAAUGAACAAAAAACGUGAGGCGGAAUUCCAGAAAAUGCGCCGGGACCUUGAAGAGGCCACCCUGCAGCAUGAAGCAACCGCAGCAGCCCUCCGCAAGAAGCACGCAGACAGUGCAGCUGAACUUGGGGAACAAAUUGAUAAUCUGCAGCGAGUGAAACAGAAGCUGGAAAAGGAAAAGAGUGAGCUGAAGAUGGAGAUCGAUGACCUUGCUAGCAAUAUGGAAACCGUCUCUAAAGCUAAGAGCAAUCUGGAAAAGAUGUGUCGAGCCCUUGAAGACCAGUUCAGUGAAAUCAAGACAAAAGAUGAAGAGCAUGUGCGGCUGAUCAAUGAUCUCAACACACACAAAGCACGGCUGCACACCGAGAACGGCGAAUUUACUCGACAAUUAGAAGAAAAAGAAUCUUUGAUUUCUCAGUUGAUCAGAGGUAAACAGGCCUUCACGCAACAGACAGAAGAGCUCAAGCGGCAGCUGGAGGAAGAGAACAAGGCAAAAAAUGCACUGGCCCAUGGUUUGCAAUCUGCUCGCCACGACUGUGAUUUGCUCCGGGAGCAGUUUGAAGAGGAGCAAGAAGCCAAAGGUGAGCUGCAACGGGCUCUGUCCAAGGCCAACAGUGAGGUUGCCCAGUGGAGGACCAAAUAUGAAACGGACGCCAUUCAACGUACAGAGGAAUUGGAAGAAGCCAAGAAGAAACUGGCUCAGCGCCUUCAAGAAUCAGAAGAGCAGAUUGAAGCUGUCAAUUCUAAGUGUGCUUCGCUAGAGAAGACUAAGCAAAGACUGCAGGGAGAAGUGGAUGACCUCAUGACCGAUGUGGAGAGGUCAAAUGCAGCCUGCGCAAUCCUGGACAAAAGGCAGAGGAACUUUGAUAAGGUGCUGGCAGAAUGGAAGCAGAAGUAUCAGGAAUGUCAGGCUGAAUUGGAGGCUGCCCAGAAGGAGUCCCGGUCUCUGAGUACGGAAAUCUUCAAAAUGAAGAACGCUUACGAAGAGGUGCUGGACCAUCUUGAGACUGUCAGGCGAGAGAACAAAAACCUGCAACAGGAAAUUUCUGACCUGACUGAGCAGAUAGCUGAAGCUGGCAAAAGCAACCAUGAAUUAGAAAAAGCAAAGAAGCAGAUUGAACAAGAGAAGUCAGACUUGCAAGCUGCUUUGGAAGAAGCAGAGGGCUCUUUUGAACAUGAAGAGGGGAAAAUCUUGCGUGUCCAGCUAGAACUGAACCAGCUGAAGUCUGAGAUUGAUAGGAAGGUUGCAGAGAAGGAUGAAGAAAUUGAACAACUGAAGAGGAAUUACCAGAGAAUGGCAGAGUCCAUGCAGAGCACGCUGGAUGCUGAGAUCAGGAGCAGGAAUGAUGCCCUGCGACUUAAGAAGAAGAUGGAGGGAGAUCUGAAUGAAAUGGAAAUCCAGCUGAGCCACGCCAACCGCCAAGGUGCAGAGACACAGAAACACUUGAGGAACAUCCAAGGGCAACUAAAGGAUUCCCAGCUUCACCUGGAUGAUGCUCUGAGAGGCAAUGAUGACUUGAAGGAGCAACUGGCAUUGGUGGAGCGUAGGAACAAUCUGAUGACGACUGAGCUUGAGGAGAUGCGAGCAGCUCUGGAGCAGACUGAGCGUGCUCGCAAAGUGUCUGAACAGGAGCUGACAGAUGCCAGUGAGCGUGUGCAGCUCCUGCAUUCCCAGAACACAAGCCUUCUGAACACAAAGAAGAAGUUGGAGACAGAUCUUACUCAGUUCCAGGGAGAAAUUGAUGAAGCCAUCCAGGAGGCACGGAACGCUGAAGAAAAGGCCAAAAAGGCAAUUACAGAUGCAGCCAUGAUGGCAGAAGAGCUGAAGAAGGAGCAAGACACCAGUGCCCACCUGGAGAGGAUGAAGAAGAACCUGGAGCAGACCGUGAAGGACCUGCAGCACCGGCUGGAUGAGGCAGAGCAGCUGGCACUGAGAGGUGGCAAGAAGCAGCUCCAGAAACUGGAGGCCCGGGUGCAUGAAUUAGAAAAUGAGCUUGAUGCUGAACAAAAGCGAGGAAUUGAGGCUAUCAAAGGAGUGCGGAAAUAUGAGCGAAGGGUGAAAGAAAUCACUUAUCAGGCUGAAGAGGAUAAGAAGAAUGUUUUCAGGCUCCAAGACCUGGUGGACAAACUGCAACUGAAGGUGAAAGCGUAUAAGAGACAAGCUGAGGAAUCUGAGGAGCAGGCCAAUGCAAACUUGUCCAAGUGCAGGAAAGCUCAGCAUGAGCUGGAAGAAGCUGAAGAGCGAGCAGAUAUUGCUGAAUCCCAGGUCAACAAGCUGAGGGCCAAGAGCCGUGACAUUGGGGGAAAGGUAAGUGCCUUGGUGGGACUGGAUGAGGGUUGUUGGGUGAGAAUAAUCAAGUACGGCCUCACUAAGAAGAGAAGGAAGCUGGAAGUGUUAAACGGAGGCAUUGGCUGGAGAAGAAGAGAAGCCAAAGGAAUCAAGAGCAGGCAGCUGCUCGAUGUCAGCUCCUAUCAAGAAAUUGAAAGCGAGUUUGACAGCCGUUGUGGGCACUAA